AUUCACUUUCGAGCCUUUUCAAAGAAAGUUGGUGUAUCAAUGAAAAUCCGCACAUGUCCGCAUAUGCCUUUUUGUAUACAAUACCUUACCACAGUUCCUUCAAUUUAAAGACGUUGGAUGUGACUCUAUAUAAGCCUACUUUAUUCAUUAUAUAGAAUCAAUAUGUCAUCUAGCUCCGUAGCACGUCUUGUUUAACACUGCCUAUGAAUAUUCAUUACUCAGGAUUCGUAUAGAUACAAGGAAGGAGUCAUCUUUACCGGCACACAGAUUUUGAUCUAACUCCUUUGUGGCAACAAGGGUGACUAUCAUGAUAUGCACAUAUAUUCGCAUAAAGAAACGCUACAUUUUAACGUAUGUUUCAUUAUUGUUGACUUUCUUCUUCGCGUGUUAUUAUUUUACUGAAUACGAAAAAUACACCUCCCCUCCUGUUACAAGACUCGGAUCCAACGCCUAUAAAAAAGAUCAACCACAGGGAGUGGUGCAAGCACUUGACCAUGGCUGUUACCUCCAGACAUCAAACUUCAGCCAGCACCAGCAUUCUGAAGAACUUCUGGCAGAACGGAACUGUCGAAAGAAGAUGCCGGUUGCUCUGAUAUUGGGGGCUGCUCUUAGUGGAUCUGCAACCCUGAAGAGCGCCCUCUCAUUUCAUCCCGAUGUGACUGUGCCAGAGUUCACAGUUCCUCUAAAUUUCACCGAUAUUGGCCCAUUCUUAGCGAAGAUACCAUACUCUCUCCCUCAUCAAAUCACUGUAGGGGAAUCUCAAGAAUACCUGUACAUGACGGACAUAUCGAAACAAAUGGUAACGCCUGUCUUUCCUGGCCUUAAGGUCAUCAUUCUUAUACGAGAUCCGGUGGCAAGAGCAAUGUCAGAGUUCUUAACUUUGAAGUCGAAUAGCUGUUCAGAGGUUUAUCGCCAGAGUAUUUCAAAACAUUUACAUUUGCUAGUUGGGACAAGUAGAUACGAUCCCCAUGAAGUAGUAAAAGAGAGGUCUUGGACAGGAAAAAACUCCCAGCUGUAUGAGACAAGCCCUGACGACAUGCACUACAAUUUAGAGGACACUUUCCAAGAAACCGUAUUGGAAUCAGCUCAGAUUGAUCCAGUGCAUUUUCUGGUUCAGAGGAGUAUUUAUGGGUCCGGCAUAAGGAAAUGGGUCCGAGUAAUUCCACUACAGAACAUGUUGAUAAUAGACGCUGAGAGGUUUGCUAAAAGUCCCGUCGAGACUUUGAAGAUUGUAGAACAUUUUCUUGGACUGAGACCUUAUUACCACAAAGACUUCUUCAGCUUUGACCUUCCUAAAGGGGAAUUUUGUUUCAAUUCACCGUUGCGAUCCUGCGUAGAGCCUUUACCUAUACAGAAGCCAUUACCUGCUCUGUCUGAUGAAAUCGUUACUCUUCUUCGAGAUUUCUUGUUACGCUCGAUCAAAGUUCAAAACAAAUAUGCCAAUGCUUAUUUUCCACACCUUGGUGAGAAUCCGUUAAUAUAUACCCCAUUUAGAUAACCAUGCAUGUAGUCUUGAUCAAUUGAUCAAGAUCUGGUGGCGGUGCCGUGUCCCAGUGGAAAGCGCCUACAUUUUAGUCCAGGGUUCGUUCCCUGGUCAUGGUCACUAUGCCCGUGAACACGGCACUAAUUGGCAUACUAUCGGGUCUACGAUGGCAUGUGUUCUACCUACACUGUUAGAAAAUUUGUCCUUAAAAUAAAAGAAGUUCCUGCAGCAGAGUCUCG